AUGGCUGCACCAUCGCCGCCUCUCGCCGCCGCAGCCGGAGAGAAGAAACACUGGUGGCUCACCAAUAAAAAGAUGGUGGAGAAAUACGUGCGGGAAGCGAGGUCGCUCCUCGCCACACAGGAUCACGGCGACGUAGCGGCGGCGCUGCGCCUUCUGGAGGCCGCCCUGGCCCUGUCGCCGCGCAUGGAGGCGGCGCUGGAGCUGAAGGCCCGCUCCUUGCUUCACCUCCGGCGGUUCGCCGAGGUGGCUGACAUGCUCCAGGACUACAUCCCUAGCCUCAAAAUGGCCGUCACCUCCGACGACACGUCAUCGUCUUCUUCCGGAUCUUUUUCCGACACCUCCUCGAACCGCCUCCUCUCCGCCGGCGGUUCCGAACCGGCGUUUAAAUGCUUCUCCGUUUCCGAUCUGAAAAGGAAGGUCGUGUCUGGUUUGUUCCCAAACGGCGACAGGGAAGGUCAAUGGAGGUACUCGGUGUUGGGCCAGGCAUGCUGCCACCUAGGACUAAUGGAGGACGCCAUGGUCCUCCUCCAGACCGGAAAACGCCUUGCCGCCGCCGCCUCUCGCCGCGAAAGCGUCCACCUGUCCGACGACGCCUUCUCCCUGAAUAAACCCUCCCCGGAAACCACUCCCCCUCCGCCACCGAACGCCGCCUCCCACCACCUCCUCUCCCACGUCAAGCUCCUCCUCCGCCGACGCGCCGCCGCCUCCGCCGCCCUCGACGCCGGCCUCCACUCAGAAGCCAUCCGCCACUUCUCCAAGAUCCUCGACGGCCGCCGUGGUGCCCCUUACCCAUUCCUUGCCGGAUGCUACGUCCGCCGUGCGGCAGCCUACUGCUCGGCCGGCCGCCUGGCCGACGCCUUCGCUGACUGCAACCGCGCCCUGGCCCUCGACUCAUCCUCCACCGAAGCCCUCUCCGCCCGAGCCGAUCUGUUCGAGUCCAUCCGGUGCCUGCCCGACAGCCUCCACGACCUCGAGCACCUGAAACUUCUCUACAACACAAUCCUUCGCGACCGGAAGCUUCCUGGCCCCGCCUGGCGGCCGCCGGCCGUCCACUACCGGGAAAUUCCGGGGAGGCUUUGCUCACUGGCCGCCAAAAUCCAGCAGCUGAAGCAGAGGGUGGCUGCCGGAGAGAAAAGCAGUGACGUGGAUUACCACGCGUUGAUUGGGAUCAAGAGAGGCUGCACGAAGUCCGAGCUCGAACGUGCCCACCUCCUUCUGACACUGAAGCACAAGCCGGAAAAAUCUUCAGCUUUUAUCGACAAGUGUGAGUUUGUGGACGAGAAGGACGUGGAUGAAAUUAGGGACCGGGCGAAAAUGUCGGCUUUGGUGUUGUACCGAUUGCUCCAAAAGGGGUACCGCUGUGUGAUGGCGGCGGUUUUGGAAGAAGAGGUGGCCGAAAAACAGAGGAAGAAGAGUGGCAAUAGCAAUGCUGUUGCCACACCACCGGCAUCGGUUUUUCAAGGAGCGUUCUGCAGGGAGUUAGCGGCCGUCGGGAAUUUGCUCUCUCAGGCGGGGUAUAAUUGUCCGAUUAUUCCGGUGAAGUAUGAAGGGUUGAGCUGUUAG